AUGGCGUCGACGCCGAUUCAACCAUACGGAGAUUUGGAUUCCACUCUGAGAGCCAUGGCCGGCCGUGCUGAGGGCUUCGGCCGCCUCGCCAUUGGUGGCCUCCACGGUCCUCUCUAUUUGGUUACCUCCCUUUCAGAUGAUGGUCCUGGCUCGCUACGCGAAGGAUGUCGUAGAAAGGAGCCUCUGUGGAUUGUUUUUGAGAUUUCAGGUACAAUUAAUCUUUCAUCAUACCUGAGUGUGUCCUCUCAUAAGACAAUAGAUGGAAGAGGCCAGAGGAUUAAGUUGACUGGGAAAGGCUUAAGACUGAAAGAAUGUGAGAACAUAAUUAUAUGCAACCUUGAGUUUGAGGGGGGAAGGGGUCAUGAUGUAGAUGGAAUUCAGAUAAAACCAAAUUCUAGAAAUAUUUGGAUAGACCGUUGCAGCCUUCGAGAUUACGAUGACGGGCUUAUAGACAUCACAAGACAAAGCACGGAUAUCACUGUAUCUAGAUGCUACUUUGCACAGCAUGACAAGACCAUGCUAAUUGGAGCUAACCCGUCACACGUUGGUGAUAGAUGCAUCCGGGUGACGAUUCAUCAUUGUUUCUUUGAUGGAACACGACAGAGACAACCUCGUGUGAGAUUUGGAAAAGUUCAUUUGUACAACAAUUACAUCAGAAACUGGGAAGUCUAUGCAAUUUGUGCUAGUGUCGAGGCCCAGAUAUACUCCCAAUGCAACAUAUAUGAAGCAGGAACUAAGAAAAAAGCUUUUGAAUUUUAUACCGAAAAGGCGGAAGACAAAGAACAUCAGGAGUCUGGCUUCAUAAUAUCUGAAGGAGACAUGCUUCUGAAUGGUGCUCAGCCAUGCAUGCCACCAGAAUCUAAAGAAGAAUCCAUGUUUCAUCCUAGUGAAUAUUACCCGACUUGGACAAUGGAAGCGGCUACAGAUUCUCUCAGAGAGGUUAUCCAGCUAUGUGCAGGUUGGCAGUCCAUUUGUAGGCCAGUAGACAAUAUGUUAUGA